CUAGGCUUCUGCACUGAGGGCUGUAGCUUACACAAUACGGCAUGACUGUACCCGCUCCUUCAAAGCCAGCGCAUUCAAAACUACAAAUACAUCCACAACAUGCCGUCCUCCAAGAAUCAUCGUUUCACAAGUGCCCGUCCUAGCGUCACGCCUCCUUCGGAUCCCCGACUUCUGCGCCCUAAACUCAUUCAACGCGUUUCGUCCUCGAGCGCGUUUAUCGUACCUUGACUCGUUCCUUUCGCCCUUUGAUGCGCUUUGUAUUCCUUUGCCCGAUCCUCUCCCUCUUUCACUCUUCUACUUCACUUUAUUUGUGAUACCCACCAGCGCCAUGUCUACAGAUACCAUCCUCAUCCUCGGCGGCGCUUUCGCGGGCAUGAGCGCCGCGCACUACGCGUUAAAACACGUCAUUCCCCAACUUCCCAAGAAAGAUGGUGUCGCAUACAAUGUCACCGUCGUCAAUCCCUCGAAGGAUUUUUAUUGGAGAAUCGCUGGCCCUAGGGUCGCUGCUUCGAAAGAUCUUAUGCCAUACAAUAAGCUAUUUUACCCUAUCGAGCCGGCCUUCGCCUACGCGAAGGAAAAGUUUACUUUUGUGCAAGGCAAGGCCACUCACGUCGAUUCCGCCGGUCAGACAGUCUCUGUAGAGACGGUCAGCGGAGAGCAGAAAAGCAUUCCAUAUGCCGCAUUGGUCAUUGCCACAGGAUUCUCGACACCCACUCCUCUUUUCACCCAGACGACGGACCGUGCCGCCCUAGAGGCAGUGUAUGACGCAUUCCACUCCCAACUCAAAACUGCAAAGACUGUGGUAAUCGGCGGUGCGGGGCCUGUGGGCGUUGAGACAGCUGGCGAGAUAGCCGAGUUCCUCAACGGAAAACCAGGCUUCAUGGCCUCUGCCCCCAAAAACCCCAAAGCGAGGGUUACAGUCAUCAGCGCGGAGAAGAAGAUGCUGCCCGUGCUGCGCGAGUCGAUAUCUAAGCAAGCCGAGAAGUACCUCAACCGCGUUGGUGCAGAUGUGGUCUACAACACGAAGGUUGUCUCUGCCACGAAGGCCAGCGACGCAGAAGGCGCUAAGACGACAGUCCAGCUAUCGGACGGCAAGACCAUCGAGGCAGACAUUUAUAUCGACGCUACAGGAACCCGUCCCAACACCAGCUUCCUUCCUAAAAAAUGGCUCGACAACCGGAAUCGCGUCUCGUGCCACGCUAAGACACUCCGCGUCGAGGCCGCGGGGCCCCUCGUCUAUGUCGUUGGUGACUGUGGUUCAUACACCCGCGGGGGAGUCAUGGACCAGUACGACGCAAUUCCUGUUGCCAUGACCAACCUUCGCACCGACCUUACCGCUCAUCUUUCCGGCCAGGCGCCUGGUCCAGACAGGCACUACGAGGCCAACUUAAAGGAGCAGCAGCUUGUGCCGAUUGGCACAUCUAAGGGUGUAGGCGCGGCCAACGGCAUGGCCCUGCCAAGUUUGAUGGUGUGGGGUAUCAAAGGAAGGGAUUACAUGGUAAGCAUGUUGGUAGAGGGUCACAUGAACGGGAAACCAUAUGAGAAAGACAACAAGUGGAAGCCUCAGCCAGUUAUCGCGGCUGGUCAGGUGGGUACGAGCCGGGGCUAGAGAAGAUUGAUGGUGUGUUGGGUUCGUCCUUGUGUUGGUGGUGGAGGUAAUGCACGUUUGUUUCGGCCGUGGAUCAGUAUGAUACCCUAAGGAGGAUCUCAUCGAAGUAUAUUGUAGUGACAAUUACCUGUUCU